AUGGCUGAAGCUAAUUCAGUGUGUUACACAUAUGGGCAAUCAAAACUUUUAAUCAAACAAUGUCUUCUGAAAUAUCAACUACAAUGUCAAAAAGCCCAAUAUGCUAUUCAUGAACAUAUGAAAGAAAUACCUGCCAAUAUUGACAUGACAACUACUACAAAUAUGAUAAAUAAUUUGAUCCAUAAAGAUCAAUAUCAAUUACGCGUUGAACUUGACAGACGACAAACCUUGCUCCAACUAGGUGCUGAAGAACAUCAACUUGUUGACAAAUUUUACAAAUUAAACCCAAGGCAAACAGAGAUAAAUUCAGCAAAAAUUAUAUGGAAAGCCAUACAAGCGAAACAAGCAAUCCUACACGAAAUUGCCAUAUUUCAAAAACGGAUUCCACCUCACAUGCCAACAUCCUCAUGUACACUCAAAGGUAUACAACUACCAAAUAUAAACCAAAUACUCACCUCAUUAGUGUUAUAUGAAAAUACAUCAUCUACCGAACAAAUGGCUAAACAAACAUUAACCAGAGCCAAAGAAAUGGCAAAGCAUUAUGAAAACACAGCAGUAACAGAGAAAACUAAACUAUAA